AUGGGUUGGUUAUGGGGAAGCUCAGAUCAUAGCAACGCAUCAAAAUCCAAAGAUCCCGUCCGCGACCUUGACCCCGAUCUGCGCGACUUUCUAAAGAAAGAAGCCCCUCAAAAAUACGAAGCCAAAACCACUCCCCCUCCGCCGCCAGAACGUACCAUCCCAAAGCCUGCGAUCGCAGAAGAUCAAUUCGAAGAUGAUUCAAAGCCAAAAGUACCUCCUCAGUCGCUUUACCAGGAUGGACGAUAUGCGCAUAUAUGGAAGAACUACAAGAGUCUGUCAGAGGUGGAAGCCGAGGGCAAAUCGGAUCAGGAGCGAAUGAUGGAUGUAAUGGAGAGUCACCGGACGCGACAGGCAGAACUUGGUAGGGCAGCGCUGGAGAGUUGUGCUGUUGAGCAGAUGGAAGUUAGUGAUUGCUUUCGCGCGGGAGGGUGGUCAGCCAAAACGACCAUGUGUCGGGCGGAGAAUAGAAAGUUUGAUAGAUGUUAUACCAUGCAGGCGAAAUUCCUCAAAGCAUUGGGAUACCUAGCAGCGUACGAUCGUCCGGACGUUGAGGAGCAAAUUCAAAUGCAGGCGGAUACGUUAUACCACCAGAUGUUAGACCAAGAGAAAGCGAUUGAAACCGCAAAGGCCGAAGGAAAACCCAUACCGGCAUUCCCAGCAUUACUUAAAGCGCAAAUGGCAAAGGCAAAUGUAGCUCAGGAUCUGGAAAAGCCGGAAUUCGAUAUAUCAUCUCUUGCGCCUAGAUCACAAAAUCCAUUGAAGAAGAGGUUGGAGAAGUUUGAGGGUGUGGAACGAGAGAUUGAGGAGUUGGCGAUUAAAGCGGAGGUUGCUGCUGCUGCGGAGAUGUCGGGGAAGAUUGAUCAUGUGGGACGACAGCAGUUGGAAGAGAGAGAGUUACGGAAAGCGCAGGGGAGAGAGACGAUUGCGGAUAAGGUGUAUUAUGCGUUUAGGGCGAAACUUCUAGAGCCAAACAAAACUGGAGCGCUAAUCCCUCAAAUCAUAAUCAACCACCGCCGCCACAACACCACCGGUCUCCAACCCUCCAUGAUGCUCCUCUGGGCCAUCGCUGGUGUACCCCUCGGCGCGUACAAUAUCGCGGGGAAUUUCAACGUCGCGCUCCUGAUCCAGCCGCAGAUACUGACGGUGUUGAGUUUGGUUACGUGGGGACAGUGUGGGUUUUAUGAUGAUGCUGGCAUAGACCGAGAUAUCCACUGGCCGGUCAUACUGAUGGGUGUGGUAUCUGCUAUUCUUCUCAGUGCGGGAGUGUUGCGCCAUUACUGGGACAUCUACACGCACCGCACCGUCCGCGGAAUUUCAUUCAUCUUCGUCGCUAUAGACGCGGCGGGAGAUGUAUUUUCUCUCGUCUCAAUCUUCUUCCAACCCAAGCUAGAUAUCCUAGGCAUGGUCAUCUACGCCAGCGAAUUCGUGCUUUGGUGCGGCGUUUUUGCUUGUGGUGGGUAUUUUAAUUUGAGGCCGUGGGUUCAACAGAAGAUUAGUGAGAGGGCGCUGAGGAGGGUUGGGAUGGGGAGGCAGGAUGGGGAGGGUGAUGGGGAGGUGGAUGUGGAUGUGGAUGUGGAGCUUGAGAGGAUGGGGAGUUCGACGUCGGUUUUUAGGACGUCGGGGAGUGUUGUUAGUGAGAGGCGUGGGGGGAGGGCGGAGGGUUAG